CGUGGUGCGCUUGUCGGUCGGGAUGGAUUCGCGGUCGGUGAGCAAUUUCGAGCUGAAAGCCAUCAACGCGUGGGAUAAGCGCAACUUCACGCGCGGCAUCAAGAGUUUGUUUCUGGAGUACUGCUCCAACAGUACCGUGCACGGCAUCAAGUACUUUGGCUGCAAGCGACGAACCCUGUUCGAGAAGAUAUGGUGGAUCGCGACGUUCCUGCUGUCGGUGUACGGGUGCGGCCGGCUGAUCCAGAACAUUUACCGCAAGUGGGAACAGACGCCGGUGAUUGUGAGCUUCGCGGAAAAGUCCACCCCGGUGUGGCAGAUCCCAUUCCCCGCCGUCACGAUCUGCCCGGAAACGAAGGCCCGCAGCGAGUACCUUAACUUCUCGCAGGUAUACUUUCAGAUGAACGAUACCUGGCGCGACGAGAUGGCGAACGAAACUUACGAUCGCUUCCGUGCCGUUGCCCAGGUGUGCGAUGCGCACAUUCUGCGUGGCGUCAGCUUGAAUCAAACGACCGACCCGGCCUGCGUGGACCUGCUGAAGAAUGUGUCGAUGCCGCUCGAGUCGGCACUGUUUUUCUGCAAAUGGCGCAACGAUGCGGGGCUGUGCAGCGAGUUCUUCACGGAAACGAUCACCGAGGAAGGGAUCUGUUUCACGUUCAACUCACAGUCUGCGGGGGAAAUGUUAAGGUUGGACGAGCUGCACAGUGACUAUGAGUACAUCUCGGAGAAGCGACAGUCUCCGCUGUGGUCGCUAGAGAAGGGCUAUGCAGAGAAUACCGAUCUCGAUACGUAUCCGGUGCGAGUACUGGGUGCCGGUGCUCGUGCAGGACUGUACGUGCUAUUAAAUCUGUACGAGCGGGAUACGGAUUUUAUUUGUCGUGGCCCUGUGCAAGGAUUUAAAAUAUUGCUCCACACGUCCAGCGAGUAUCCGCAGGUGUCGAAGCAGUACUAUCGCGUCCCGCUCCACCAGGAAGUAAUCAUAUCGGUCAAACCGCAGAUGAUUACCACCUCCGAUGGGUUGCGCGACUAUACCCCGGAAAGGCGACAGUGCUUCUUCAACCACGAGCGCCACCUCAAAUACUUCAAGGUGUACACGCAGCAAAACUGUGAGCUGGAGUGCACCACCAACUACACGCUGCGCAAGUGCGGCUGCGUCAAGUUCUCGAUGCCCCGGGACGACCGGACGGAGGUGUGCGGCGCGAGCAAGAUCGACUGCUACAACGAUGCGGAGGACGAGCUGCUCGAGGAGGACGUCAAGUUCAUCGUGGACAAAUCGCGCGACUAUCGCGCCAAGUGCAACUGUCUGCCGGCCUGCACGUCCGUGCAGUACGAUGCGGAAAUCUCGCAGGCCGAUCUCGACUGGAAGAGCCUGUUCUCUGCCUUCCGGCAGUCGCUCGGCGAACAGGACGGGGCACAGUUUGCCCGGCUGACGAUCUAUUUCAAGGAGGCACAGUUUAUCACGUCGAAGCGGAGCGAGCUGUACGGUGUGACCGAUUUUCUGGCCAACUGUGGCGGGCUGCUGGGGCUGUUCAUGGGCGUGAGUUUGCUGAGCUUGGCCGAGCUGAUUUACUUCUGCUCGAUACGACCGUUCACCAUACUGCGCGCGUAUCGGGCCAAGCGGCGCGAAUCGAACGUCUUCUUCGAUGCACCGCCGCCAAUCGUCGAGAAGCCGAAAGACUUUUAAGCCACGAAGGGAGGAGAUUUUGCGUGUUUCGAAACCAUCAGUGUCUUGCCGAAAGUGCAUACUUUGCUCGAACUCAUCCUCAGAGUGUCAUCCUUGCCGCGCUAUCUUACUGAUGGUGUACA